GGUUACUUGUGUUUUUAUUAUAUGGCUGUGGGUGUGGUGUAUUAUUCAUCUUGUUGAUUAGUUUUAAUAAGGACUGGUUUAAAUUUAGAAGAUUGGAAGUCUUCUAGAAAUUUUAUUGAAUAAAAAUGAAGCUGUUUCCAAUUUUGUUAGCAACAAUUUUAGUCAGCGUUGCCUCUGCCUUAGAAUGUUAUGUUUGUGACAACCAAGAAAACAAUAAUGGAAAAUGCACCAAUACAAUCAAAAUAUGUGAUUAUGGAGAGGAUACUUGUCUAACAGAAUUGAAGUGGGGUAGUACCCCAUACUGGCAAGAAGGUGCCUUGAAACAAUAUUACAUAUCAAAAAGAUGUUCAACAAAAAAUAAGUGCCUUAAAUAUAAGUAUAGCAAUAUGGCAUAUUGCACACACAUUUGGUGGCAAGAUUGGAGGUGUUCUGAAUGUUGCAAGGGUGAUCGCUGCAAUUAUUAUAUCAUCUCUGGCGCAAGUCGAACCCAUAUGCCAGUGUCCAUUAUUUUAGCAGCAAUAUUCACAGCCCGCAGUAUUUUAUAGUGAGUGCAUUAUGUGUUGUUUAAUUCAAUAAUUCUGGAGAUAGUUUGAUGAAAAGCUAUGAAUUCAUGAAAUGGGGAACUCGUGUUAUAAAUAAAUUAAAGGUUCACUUUUAAUCAAGCUGAAACUAAAUACAGAAUUCAUUGUGCCUAAAUAUCAGAACCUUUUUUGAAAAAUAAUGAAUCUAGUUUUAUAGCAUCGUCCUUUUCUGUAUUUAAGCAAAUUAGUAUGUAUAUAUUUAUAUGAAAGGUGAUCUAUUAAGGGAAACAACCAUUGAAAUACAAGCAGAAUCUAUACAGAUUGCGAAAAUGCCACUCCAAACAGGGAUUUCCACUAGAAGAAGAG